UCGGGUAGUGAACCAAAUCCCCGAAGUAGAAGUAACCUGUUCGGUCUAAGUGUUGAGGUGUGGAAUUGUUGUUAAUUGUGCGCUGUCAACAUGGUGACCCUUAGAUCCGGAACCGUUACCACCCCCUACAGCAAAGAGCAGGAGGAGAGAGUUGCCGCCCUUCUGCGUGAGAAGAAAGAGAAGAUGGAGAAGAGGGAACUAAUCAGACAGGCUAAGAUGUUGGCGCUGCUGGAGGAGCAGGAAGCAAAGAAGAGGCAGAUGGAGGAGGAGAUGGAAAGAUGGAAGAAGGAGCAGGAGGAGAAGAUGGCAGCUAUUCAGGCGGAAGAAGAAGAAGAAAAAGAAGUGGAAGAAGAAGAAGAAAGACCGCUAGAGAGGAGAGGAGGAGGAGGAAGCACAAGUAAAGAAGCGGAGAUUGCGGAAAGGGCGCAGGAAUGGGACGCACAUUUGAAGUUAGGGGAAGACUAGGAGGCUGAGAUGGCUGUACCCGAGGAAGAAAGAGAAGCUCCCAGGAGGCAAAUUGAAGCAGAGAGGGAUCCAGUAAAGAGAGGGGCAAAGGAGGAGGAACAGCGGAUGGCGUGGAGAUACCGGUUAUCCCAAGAAAGGGUCAGGAGAUUGGAAGCGGCAGAGAGGGCGGACAAGGACCUAAGAGCGGCGGAAGUUAGGAUGGGGAAGAUCCGAGCGGAGACUGAGCUAGCAACCAAGCUAGAUACGCUGAUCCAAAGUGUAGAGGCUUUAUUAGUCGCACAGCGGGAACAAAUGCAGUACGAAUGC